AUGCGACAACGCAGCUUUGGUCGCGCCCGGGGCAUCACGGGCACUCCAGUCAAACGGUCUCGUGAUCAGUCCAGUGACAGUGACGAGGGAGCUCCGCAUUUCACAGGGCUGAGACACAAUCGGCGUGCAGUACUGGAUGGAUUAAAGCGAAUGAGAGUAUCGUCACCCUCCGAUUCACCCAGAAGCGACGUUGAUGCGAAUAUGACGGACGAAGAGGCUGCAACUGCUAGAAGCACCUGGCGAGCAAACAAAGCGAUCGUUCCUGCAGCCCCUGAAGCAGGAAAAAAGAGACCGUUAGCAUUUUCCACAUCAAUUGGCGUACGACAUCCGUGGAAAAUGAUGCGUCAAGGGGAUUGUAUGGGUGAUGAACCACCAAUCGAAAUUCCAAGCGACGCUUCUUGUCGUGCUAUGGUAUUAUUCGAUCCCUAUCAGUCGUUUCCUCUAUCACCAGUUCCUCGAGUCGAACUUGUGGAAGACGACAAGUUUACGGAAACUGAUGUGUCAGAGAGUGAGGACGAACGUUUCGUGCGGUUUGAAGAGUUAACAGAAGAUAACGACGAGCCUGUGGACAUGGAAAUGGAUUGA